GCCGUAGGAACCUGAGUGAGUAAUCAGAACCUGGACAUACCUAUUUACUAAAUUUCCUAUUUCCUUACGUCUUCACCUUGGAGGCGUUGCGGUGCCUAACGUGACCAGUUAACGCAGAUGCAGCAGUUUCUGUUGCCCGUGCCGAGCUCCUCGGACCGCGACGAACCCGCUGACACAAAGCGCUCACCCGAGUGUUGACGCCAGUAGUAAAACUAAACCGUCCGCCACCAUGGAUACCAGGCAAGCCGAUGGAGAAAAGCAGACCCUGGUGUCAGCCAUCGAGAAGGCGUCUGCGAGGGCGUUUCAACCCUCGGGCGAUGACGCAUCUCGUUCGGAAGGCCAGCGGGAGUUGAGUGCGCUCUUGUCGAGAACGAGUACUCUAGCACUCAUGUCCGCCCUGAGCAAGUUGACCGGUCCUGAUGGCGCCCCACCAUGGCUCCGGGUUCAUCUAAUGGACAUCUUAACUCUGCUUCCUCAGCGCCCAGAUGGUGUUCGGUCCACGUUAGAAUUUGUGUUUUCCGUCCACCCAUCCAGCACCCUGAGGGCGUCCGACGCCCCAACGCUGCAGAAGCAAGGCGCGAAUAUCACGAUGGAAGCCCUUAAGCUGGCCACCAACUUGCUUUCCGCCCCGCCAGCUACCGUCUCUCCCGAGGAGUGGUUCCCCGGCAUAGCACCGCAGCUUCUAGCUCUCCUCGACGGGAAGGACGGCCAAGAUCUCGUCAAAGCCGCGGCCUACGUCAUCGGCUUCGGCGUGUUGGGGAGAAGGCAAUUCGGUGCCCCUGGCUCGGCUGGAUGGAAGGCAUUUGCCGCGCCGAUGCUCUCGAAGAUAAACGCCAGUUUAUCCACCCAGGAAGCAGCAAAGAAACCUGUAGUAUUCAGCGCCGGCCCAGAUGAAGUUGUUGAUUUACGGAAGGAGACUGUUUCUGUCGAAGCAGAUGAGCUGCACACUGCUCUCAAGCGUUUAUCCUCUUUGCUAGACUCGCAUCCUAAUCCUGGACUGACUAAGAGGCUUCUCGGGCCGUUAAUGCUGCCUAUGUGGACCAUAUCCUCGUGGCCUCCUGUGAAUGAGAGAUUCGAUGAGCGGUACCGGCGUCCAGCAACCACUCUUCUGCAGAUCUUCCUCAAGAUUGCGGGAUCUCCGGAAAGGUUCCAGGCACUUCUCAAGAAUCUUCUAGUCAAUGGCAACGCCGACCCGUCAAGGACUCGAUGGGUCUACGAUAGAGUAGGGGAUUCCGACCUUCAGGUGAAACAGCUGCGUGAUGGCACAAACGCCACACACUUAACGUUAGAUCUAGGCCUCUUAGAAGCCAAGUCGGACGCCUACGUGCAAUUGUUGCAAUCGGUAGCAACUGAAUCGGAUAUCUCUGCGCUUUUCUUAACCCUGUUCCGAGGCUCGUUCAACCCCACGAAAGCCACUCACGAGAUCCGUAUAACUCCCGAGAACGACCAGCAGGGAGACCCGACGGUGCAGCUAGCAGAGGCGAAAGUACUCCAAAAGAUGAUGGAGAAGCUGUCCGAUCGGCUGGUGUCCAAUUGGAGGCAAAUGAUCGAGCUGGUCUGUGAGAUACUUGCUGAAUCGCAAAUAUCACUGGAGGGGCCUGGCGACGACGCUACGCCAGUAGCUCUCAGCUUGCUGAAUCUCGUCGUAGCGGCACCUGGAUUCCAGAGAUCGAUGGUCCGCGCUGACCUCCUCUCGUCCAUCGAGGAUUCCCUCGGGCGCAUUAGUAAGGCACCGGAAGCCGAUGUAUCGCAGACCGCUCGCAAUCUCUCGCUCCUCCUCAAAUACCGAGACGCGAUAGACGACCCCUCGGAGCGGACGACAGCACCGACGGACCGCCAGGUAGAAGACCGCAAGACAUACAACCUAGCUAUCUCGUACAUUACGCAGGCGGACUCGCCGCCUCCUGUGCGCUCGGAGGGUCUGAACCUCCUAUCGGGAUUGAUACGCGCCGGCAGCCCGAUUCUCGACAUCCAGGCGACGCUAGUGCUGCUGUCGUCGCUGCUCAACGAGAGCGAGGAUUACGUCAACCUGACGGUGGUGCGGCUCUUCACGCAGCUCGCGGACCGGCAUCCGCGUUCGACGGUCAAGGAGCUGCUCGACCACUACGUCGACGCGGACGAGCGCGAGACGGUCGACACUCGCCUGCGCUUCGGCGAGGCCCUACUCCAGGUCCUCCAGCGCCUAGGCGAGACCUUCGCCGGUGAGAUCGCCGCCCAGGUCGGACAAGCGCUACUCUUCCUCGCGGGCCGGCGGCCCCGUCGCCCGAAGACUGAGGCCCGCCAGCGCCGCGCCGACCGCGUCCGCGAGGUGAAAGACAGGGCUGACACCGCGCGGGACGCCCGGCAGGGUCCAGCGACGGGCGUGCUCGGCAACGGGGACGAGGAUGAGGAUGAGGACGGUCGGACCGCGGAGCAGAGAGCCCGCGACGACCUCGUCGCGCAGAUCGUGGCCGGGUGGGAGAGCCGCCGCGGCGCCGAGGACAUGCGCGUCCGCGCCUCGGCGCUCUCGAUCCUCGCAGCGGCGGCCGAGACGAACGCGCCGGGCCUAGGCGCACCGCUCGCCGCUGCUGCGGUCGACCUGUGCCUAGGGGUGCUAGCGCUUGAGCGCGGGCCGGAGGCGGGUAUCCUGCGGCGCGCAGCGGUGGUCUUCAUACUUCACCUCGCGCGGGCGCUCGCGUCCCGAGGCCCAGGGCCGGCGGUAGUAGGGGGCCGCGCCGCCAGUCCUUUCGGGUUUGGGCUCGCGGGGAUGGGCGGCGAGAAGGAGGCCGAGGUCCGCGCCGCGCUCGCCUACGUCGCCGACACGGACACGGACGGGCUCGCGCGCCAGCAUGCCCAAGACGUCCUCGAGAGCCUCGACAACUGGCGCCUCGCGAGACUGACGCCCCGCGACGUCGACGAGGGCGGCCGCGGGCCGGGGCUCGCGCGGCUCGCGGGCUUGAAUCUCGGGGCGGGGUCUCCGGCGGCCAGGCUGCCGCCCUUGCAGGAACAGGGAGGGACGAGGCCGAGGAUCGAGGAGGUCGAAUGAGCGAAUAAGCGGGGAGGGGUGGCUUAAGGUGGGUGGAUAGGCGCGUACGCCUGUGAGGUCGCAUUUAGGGGAACAGCUUGGUGUUGUUGAAAAGGUCUGAAACAACUUAGUUAUUA